UCUCAGGUAGCCUACUGCUGUAAACCGCGACGGCAGUAUAAAGUCUUUCAAAUUUUGCGUGGCAUAACCCGAAGCCGCACCAGGUGAUGUUUUCUAUGAUAUUACUUAUUCUCGAAGACAAAAAUAUCACCUUUUGUUCGCGUUAUGAGCGUAAAUACUUUGCAACUAGUUGAUUACUUGGAUACGUGGGAGUGAGAGGUGAUUUUCAUGCACCGUGAUUUCUUCUGAGGACCGUGGAUCUGGAGUUUGCCGUCUUCUGUUUAAACACACCUGUCAUUUAAAGGAACCUCGGGGUGCGUUUAUCUUGUUCUCAUCACUUUUGGCCACCUUGUCCAGUCUUUUAAAAUGACGGAGAAAACUGCGCCCUGGUGGAGGUCCUUCGCGGGCAAGAGGAGGAAAGCAGCCAGAGAAUCGGCAGAGGUACUGGAACAGGACCUGCGCGGUCAUGAAUCAAUGGGGUCCACACAGCACCCCUCCACCGAACACGACCAACGACGCAAUACACCCACAUGUACAAAGGACGGACCCAGCUUACCUAGCGACGAAACAUACGACGACUCCGCCGUUCAGCCAACUUUCAGCCAGAGCUCGAACCGUCGCGCGCUCACCGUGUCCCGCUCCGGUCGCUUCAAAGAGAAGGGACGGAGGAUGCGAGUGGGUCUGCCGAAGAACGGUGAUGAGGGGACACCUGCCGCGGCUAAAGCAUCCGACAACCAAUCAAAGCGCUGAUGGAUGGAUAACAACCGAGGUUUCAACUGAUGGUAGAGCUAGAACAUUUUUAAACGGCACUACCUCCUGAUGAAGUUUUAUGUUGAAACAUUGACUGAUCAAUGCACUUAUUUAAUAACGGGGGUAGCUUUCGUGAUGGUUAUGCUCAACAUGAUUCCUUUUUAAAUGGAUUAAGGACAUUUUAAUUGAACAUUUUUGUUUGAAGGAGACAUUUUUAAAGCUUUAUGUCAUAGGCUAUGUACGUAAUUUGCACUGUACGCGCGUGUGUGUGUGUGUUAGUGUGUUUGUGUUCUUACGCACUGUUUUAUGAAGGAUUUUAAUGAUUUAAUACUAUCCGACUGGUUGCAUGUGUAAGCAGAAGCACAGCAAUUGUUUAACGAGUUUGGAUGAUACAGAACAAAAUGUGUGGGGGUGGUGGUCUUAUCCAUCAAUCAGUCAAGAUAGAAAAUCAAGAUAUUCACAAAUGCCAUGAUGGUUAAGCAUAAGAAGGAUUUGAUGCAACAAACCAUUGCCUAUGUUUGUCUAGUUAGGUUUAUUGAAUGAAAGACAGCUUGAUGCUGCUGAGUCAGGAAUUAUACAACAGCAACACUAUUGCUAUAGGCUGUUUUUAUUAGGAAAAAACAAAGAUUUUAAUUUUAUAAUGUUGAAAAGCAAACAUAUGGAUGAAAGGGGGGAUAAAAAGUGAUAGAACAGAACGAUAAGCUGUAAGACUGGAGUAGUUUAUUUUUGAUUAUAUUGAUAAAGAAUAACUUUAAAGUUGCCUGAAGUAGUAAACUGUAGUAACUGUACUGUAGUAUAAUUUACAGUAUACAAGUCUCUCCCCAAUGAUUGCAAAUCUGGCAGCUCUGAUGUCCAAACACUCAAGCAGGUUUUGCCUGUUUUUGUGAGUAAUAUCUAACAAUUGUUUAAACAUCAUUUUGAUUCUUAAAUCUUUAGAAAAGAUUUACACAAGGUAACAGAGCAAUUAGGCAAGUUUGGAAUAUACUGGUUUGGAAAAUAUUUUAGUUUUAUGUGUUAGUUUGCCAGAUGUGGCCUUGGGAAGUGUUACCAGAUUCUAAAUAAACAGAUGAUUUUUA